CUGUGACCGCAAACAUGUCAAGUACGCGCAAUGAGAAGGAUCCCAACUAUCAGCAAGACAUUCGAUAUAUAUUCAAGCUAAACAAUUGGAUUCUGGGCUCGAUUGGCAUAUGGCCAGUCUCGAUUCAAGGCAUCGGACGACACGCGCCCAAGAUCGCGAUCGCGCUCGGUAAUCUCGCGUUAAGUUUCGCCAUGGUGCCCUGUGCCUUGCACAUCGUAUAUGACGAGAAGGACAUCAUCAUGAGAUUGAAGCUAUGCGGCCUUCUAGCAUUCUGCCUCACCGCGAUGACAAAAUAUUGCAUCCUCGCGAUACGUCGCCCUAAGAUACUUCGCUGCAUCGAAUAUGUAAAGCAUGAUUGGUGGCAGGUAACAUUCAGAUCUGACCGGGAACUGAUGCUGAAGUACGCGACUAUCGGUCGCAAUCUAACAAUAAUCGGCGCAUCUUUCAUGUAUACUGCUGGCGUUAUUUAUUACGGAAUUCUGAUCCCAUUCUUUUCUGAGACCAAAAUCAACAAUCAAACCAUCAGACCACUUGUUUAUCCAACUUACAAUGAAUUUUACCAAUUCCAAAUUAGUCCUAUAUACGAAAUUGUAUAUGUGGCUCAUUGUAUGUGCGGAUAUACAAUAUAUUCGAUAACAGCUGGUGCAUGCGGAUUGGCUGCUUUGUUUGUCACUCAUGCGUGUGGUCAAAUCCAAGUGAUCAUGUCGCGAUUGAAAAAUCUCUUAAACGACGAAAACUCAAAUAUUCAUCAACGGAUCGCUAUCAUCGUGAAGGAUCAUGUCCGUAUAGUAAGAUUUUCAGCUGUGGUAGAGGAAGUUUUACAAGAAGACUGGAAAGACGACAAUAAGCUUAGCUUAGCAACUUAUUUUUUGCUCUUCAUUUCGUUUUGCUUUAAUAUAUAUAUAUUGUGCUACAUUGGCGAGCUUCUUAUGGAAAAGAGUACUGAAAUUGGAUCAAUGUGUUAUAUGAUCAACUGGUAUCAAUUAUCGCCAAGAUCUGUCCGCAAUCUUGUACUGAUAAUUGCUAUGUCCAGCCAUCCUAUAAAACUUAGUGCUGGCAGAAUGGCAGAUCUGUCAUUAACGACUUUUGGAAAUGUACUGAAAACAAGCGUAGCGUAUCUGAGCUUCCUACGGACAUUAGUCAUCAUUGAAGAGUGUCUGCAAUGUCAGCGCAAGCGCACAUCUCCCAACCUUGCAAUCAAUGCCGCGCGUCGGUCUAGUCUACUCUUCUUGCAGUCUUUAGCAGAAUCUGUCACCACAAACAUGUCCAGUAUACGCGAUAAGUCCACCAGAUCACAUAACUCCAAUUAUCAGCAAGACAUUCAACAUAUAUUCAAAUUGAUCCACUGGAUUAUGGGGUCGCUCGGAGUAAUGACAAAAUACUGCAUCUUCGUAAUACAUCGUCCUAAGAUAUAUCAUUGCAUCGAAUAUGUGAAGAACGAUUGGUGGCAGGUGACAUUCAAGUCCGAUCGCGAACUAAUGCUGAAGUACGCUACCACCGGUCACAAUCUGACGAUAAUCGGCGUGUGUUUCACGUACACUGCUGGCCUCAUUUAUCACUUGAUUCUACCGUUCUGUGUUGAGCACAAAAUCGACAAUCAAACCAUCAGACCGCUCGUGUAUCCGACCUAUACUGGUGCGUGCGGAUUGGCUGCUUUGUUUGUCACUCAUGCGUGUGGCCAAAUCCAAGUGAUUAUGUCGCGAAUGGAAAAUCUCUUAAACGACAAAAAUCCAAACAUUCAUCAACAAAUCGCUAUCAUCGUGAAGGAUCACGUCCGCAUAGUAAGGUUUUCAGCCGUGAUAGAGGAAGUUUUACAAGAAGUAUGUUUAGUAGAGUUUACUAGUUCUGUAUGCAUAAUAUGUCUACUUGAAUACUACUGUAUAGUGGAUUGGAAAGACGACAAUAAGAUUAGCUUAGCAACUUAUUUCUUGCUCUUCAUUUCAUUCUGUUUCAAUGUAUACAUGUUGUGCUAUAUUGGCGAGCUUCUUAUGGAAAAGAGCAUUGAAAUUGGAUCAAUGUGUUAUAUGAUCAAUUGGUAUCAAUUAUCGCCAAGAUCUGUUCGCAGUCUUAUAUUGAUAAUCGCUAUGUCCAGCCAUCCUAUAAAACUUACAGCUGGUAGAAUGGCAAAUCUGUCAUUAACGACUUUUGGAAAUGUAUUGAAAACGAGCGUGGCGUAUCUGAGCUUCCUGCGGACAUUAGCUAUCUGGUGCGUGCGGAUUGGCUGCUUUGUUUGUCACUCAUGCGUGUGGGCAAAUCCAAGUGAUUAUGUCGCGAAUGGAAAAUCUCUUAAACGACAAAAACUCAAACAUUCAUCAACAAAUCGCUAUCAUCGUGAAGGAUCACGUCCGCAUAGUAAGAUUUUAAAAUUAACUGAUUAUAAUCAGAUGAUCGUUUGCAACCGAUGUUGCAGAGCAUUGAAAUUGGAUCAAUGUGUUAUAUGAUCAAUUGGUAUCAAUUAUCGCCAAGAUCUGUUCGCAGUCUUAUAUUGAUAAUCGCUAUGUCCAGCCAUCCUAUAAAACUUACAGCUGGUAGA